AUGAUGACUAGGGAAAGCAUAGAUAAAAGAGCAGGAAGAAGGGGUCCUAAUCUGAAUAUUGUGCUAACGUGUCCAGAGUGUAAGGUCUACCCACCAAAAAUCGUUGAAAGAUUUAGUGAAGGGGAUGUUGUAUGCGCUCUUUGUGGUCUAGUUUUAUCAGAUAAAUUAGUCGACACCAGGUCUGAGUGGAGAACAUUUUCCAAUGAUGAUCACAACGGUGAUGACCCAAGUCGUGUUGGUGAAGCUUCAAAUCCUCUAUUAGAUGGGAAUAAUCUAUCUACAAGGAUCGGGAAGGGUGAAACUACGGAUAUGAGAUUCACCAAAGAGCUGAAUAAGGCACAAGGAAAAAAUGUUAUGGAUAAAAAGGAUAACGAAGUACAAGCCGCAUUUGCUAAGAUUACUAUGCUGUGCGAUGCAGCUGAAUUACCUAAGAUUGUGAAAGAUUGUGCCAAAGAAGCAUAUAAACUUUGCCACGAUGAAAAAACGUUGAAGGGGAAAUCGAUGGAGAGUAUAAUGGCUGCGUCCAUAUUGAUUGGGUGCAGACGUGCUGAGGUGGCAAGGACUUUUAAAGAAAUCCAAUCUUUGAUCCAUGUCAAAACUAAAGAGUUUGGGAAAACUUUGAACAUAAUGAAGAACAUUUUAAGAGGUAAGAGUGAAGAUGGUUUCCUGAAGAUUGAUACUGAUAAUAUGAGUGGUGCCCAGAAUCUUACAUAUAUACCCAGAUUCUGUUCCCAUUUGGGUUUGCCAAUGCAAGUCACCACUUCUGCUGAAUAUACUGCAAAGAAAUGUAAAGAAAUCAAGGAAAUUGCAGGUAAAUCUCCUAUUACCAUUGCUGUUGUUUCCAUCUAUCUAAACAUCCUGCUCUUUCAGAUCCCUAUUACGGCAGCAAAAGUUGGCCAAACUCUGCAAGUUACUGAAGGUACCAUCAAAUCGGGUUAUAAGAUACUUUAUGAACAUAGAGACAAGCUUGUGGAUCCACAACUUAUCGCUAAUGGUGUAGUGUCUUUGGAUAGCUUACCGGGCGUCGAAAAGAAAUGA